AUGUCUGGACGUGGUAAGGGAGGUAAGGGUUUGGACAAGGGAGGACCUGCGAUACGUCGUCUGGCUCGUAGGGGUGGUGUGAAGCGUAUCAACAGUAUGAUCUAUGAGGAGACUGGAGGUGUCCUCAAAAUCUUCUUGGAGAACGUCAUUCGUGAUGCCGUGACGUACACCGAGCACGCAAGGAGAAAGAUUGUGACAACCAUGGAUGUGGUUUACACUUUGAAGAGGCAGGGAAGGACUCUCUAUGGAUUUGGGGGUUAG